CGCGGCCUCAUACUUACCUUCUUCAAUCCUCUGUCCUCCACCUAUCGUUGGCUUCUAGCUACACCAUGUUCCGUAACACUUACGAUUCCGACAACACCGUCUUCUCGCCACAAGGCAGGCUGCACCAGGUCGAGUAUGCACUCGAGGCCGUGAAGCAGGGCUCUGCCGCUGUCGGACUCAGAUCCAAGACACAUGCAAUCUUACUUGCGCUGAAGCGCUCGACAGGAGAGCUUGCGUCGUACCAACAGAAGAUGUAUCGGAUUGACGAUCAUGUCGGGAUUGCCAUUGCGGGAUUGACUUCGGAUGCGCGUGUGCUCAGCAACUUCAUGCGACAGCAAGCCAUGUCGUCAAGAAUGGUUUUUAACAGACCUGUUCCCGUAAACCGUCUCGUAUCCGCCAUCGCCGACAAGGCCCAGGUUAACACACAAGAAUAUGGUCGUCGUCCAUAUGGUGUCGGUUUCCUUGUCAUCGGCACAGACCCCACAGGUCCCCAUCUCUACGAAUUCUCACCCUCCGGAACGUCGUUCGAAUACUACGCGAUCUCUAUCGGUGCGAGAAGUCAAAGCGCAAAAACCUACCUGGAAAAGAAUUAUGAGAGCUUCGCGGACUCCACCCUCGAAGAACUCAUCCGCCACGGCCUCCACGCACUGCGCGAGACUCUCCAACAAGACAAAGAACUCACCAUCAACAACACCUCCAUCGGUAUUGUCGGCGCUGGUGGCGCUCACGAAACCGAAGUCUCGUCCGAGGGCUCAUUCCGUAUCCUUGAGGGCGAGCCUGUAAAGGUAUAUCUCGAUAGCAUGAUACCGAAGGAAGCACCGGAGGGUACGGGAGCGUCGACGACCACUGGUCCCGCCGCUGGUGGGGACGAGGACGUUGCGAUGGCCGAGUGAGUGAACAGAAGGUGGAGAAUGUGGAUGCGGGCGGACUUGUUUUGUUACGUAGUUGUUUUCUCUGUCUUGCUCUCUUAUGUUGCAUAUCACACCGAAAAAGAAGAAGUUUCUAGUGUAAUAUGCGAUUGUGUUGGAUAUGAUCAUGAGCGGUGGGGUGGGUACCAAUGCAAGCAAGAACGGUGGAGUCGAAGUUGAGUAAAUAAGUAAUGCAGUAUCGUCGGCUGCAAAGCGAAUCCUGAAAGUGGAAAAGAAAACCAUUCUAGCACCGUUGGCGAAUAAAUCAUGCUCAAGCCUUCACCGAGCUCGUGACCGCCUCCCCAACCGGGACCUUGCCCACUCUCGUCGCAGCCCCAGCUCCUGCCGUCCUCGCAGCAUUCGCACUCCUCCACGCAACCGCCGCCGCUCCCGGCCUCCUCAAAGCAAUCAACAAAUGUACCAUUGCCGUCAACAGCGCCACACUCCCAGCCUGGUGUGCCGCCGCUAAUGGUACGGGCACGAGGUAGAGAAGAGUGGAGAUGCCGAGGAUGACUUGGAUGUUGGCCAUCGCGAAGGCUGCGGUGGUGGCACGGAGGGCUAGUGGUGGGAGGGCGCGUCGGAGGGAAGGUGAGAGUUUGGUGUAGGCGUAGAGGGCGGUAGUGGAGAGAUAAGUUGUGAUUGCGAGGACACGGUGGUCGAAUUGGACCGUCGUUGGGUUCUCGAAGACGUUACGCCAGAGGCCGGAGGGCGUACUAGGGUCGGAGGCGUAAACUGGGUUGAGGAGCUCGUCAGACGGUGGUGCGAGUCGUCCACCCAUUAGUGGGAAUUCGUUGUACAGAAGACCAGCAUCAAGACCGGCCACGAAUGCACCGGAAAGAGCAGUAAGGAAGACCAGGCCAGUCAGAAUGAUACUCUGCGUCUUGAAGCUCUUCACCAAUGGAUUCCGCAAGACAGUUUCCCAUGUCCUUCCGUCCGUCACACCUGCCCACACCCCAUUUUUGGCAAACUUCCAGUCCUUCAACACCGAGAUACCCGUCCAGAACAUUCCGGCAUAGAGAACCAAUGCUGUCCCUAGAUGUGCCGCAAGUCUGUAUUGAGAUACUCUCGGCACGGCUCCUGGAGUGUCCAUCAAGGAUUCCUCCAGGCCGGAUUUAACCAUGUACCACCCAAGGGCGCCUUGUGCGCCAAUAAGCAGAGACAUGCCGGUGAGUUGCCAUGGAAGAGAGUGGGAGAGUUGCUUGCGGAAGAUAAAGUAGAUUGAGGGGAAGACGAAGGCGAGUCCGAUGACGCGACCGAGGACACGGUGGCCCCAUUCCAUGUAGAAAAUGGACUUGAACUGAGCGAGGUCGAAGGAGGAAUUGAGAAGCUUAUACUCUGGUGUGGCCUUAUACUUGUCGAACUCCUCUUCCCACUGAGCGUUCGUGAGAGGAGGUAUCAUGCCAGAUACAGGUUUCCAUUCCGUGAUACUGAGGCCUGAUUCUGUGAGACGGGUAACGCCUCCGACUACAAUGACUGCAAAGACCAGAGCCGAGGAGAGAAGUAGCCAGCGGGCCACGGGUGGCGGAGAGAGUAUGGGUAGGCUAUUUCCCGGAAGUGAUGGUUCCGCGGAUGAAGGUGCUGCAGCUGCACCAGUCGAAGAGAAACGUGAUUGGACUAGCCGCGAAAUAGAUGAUGGAUUGUAGACUUCUGUCCACCGAGGAUUUCCAAGGACAAGAUUGUGCCGGGGAGAAAAUGCGCUGAAGAAACGAGUCGGUGUGCGCAAGACCCGGCUUCGACAAGGUGCGGAAAUAUUGAAACCCAGUUUUUGAACAUUGAUGCUAGCUGGCAGCCUUCGAGCCAACAUCCUCGAGAGCACCAUUAUGAACGAGGACAAGCAACCAGUGAAGAAGAGUGUAUUUGACGGUUUU